GAGUGGGGGAAGAGGCCUGUUUUGUGCAACAAUUCUUCUAAUUGGUUUAUACACUACUGCUUGAUUGUUUUGAAUGACAAGAUGAUGGUAAUAUAAACAAAAAAAAACAUCUUUGAAUAUGAUACAGAUACUGCAUCGUCGUCAACAAAUACAAGCAGUUAUUUUGACGUAAAGAGAUAUUCAUCUGAUAGCAGCAGCUCAAUUAACACGGAAGAUAGGAUUAAAAUUGGUUAUGGAUCAAUUGCUGAUGAGGUCGACACAUCCAGCGUCAAACAAAAUCACUGCUCAACGAUGGGAGCGUCUGUUAAUCUAGUGAAUGCAAUGAUGGGAACUGGCAUUAUUGGUUUGCCUCUCGCUUUACAUCUAUGUGGCUUUUGGCUGGGUUUAUUUUUUUCUGUCACGAUAGCCUAUAUAUCUUGCAUGACGAUGCAUAUUACCAUUCUAUGUGGAUUAAAGACUCAAACAUGUAGUCUUGUAUCGCUCUGUCAAACAUUGAUUGGUCGUACAGGGUCUCAAAUAGUAAAUUUUAUUAUUUUCUUUCACACAGCUGGAACCGCUGUGUCCUACUACAUCCUACUUGGAGACACAUUGCCAAGCCUAUUAGCACUUGUAUUUCCAAAUACACCCUUUUUUACAAGUAGAAGCAAGGUAAUCUUAGCUUUCGGAUUAUUAUGUACUCUUCCUCUUAGUUUGUCUCGGUCUACAGCUCAAUUUGCAAAAUGGUCUGCGAUGUCUGUAUUUCUACUCAUGCUCAUGUUAAUUGGUGUGUUGGUCCGGGUGCCAUAUUAUUUAUCCAUUGUUGAUAAAAUUGAACUCGAACUUGUGCCUGUCUCUGAGGGUAUGUUUAAAGGACUUGCAAUUAUGAGUCUUGCUUUUGGUUGUUCACAAAAUUUAUUUGGUGUGUAUUCGAGUACAAGAGAUCAAAGACCUUCCAGGUGGUUACUUACUUGUUCAAUUGCCAUUGGUAUCGCGUUUGUCAUUAAUAUUGUCUUUGCUGUCAUGGCGUAUUUAUGCUUUGGUAAACAUGUGCAUGCAAAUAUUCUUUUGAAUUUCCCUGAAAAUGAUCCAGGUAUUCAGUUGGUUAAAUUGGCAUUAGGAUUGUUUAUGGUGUUGACUAUACCACUGUGUAUCCACCCUUGUCGCGAAUCAGUCAUGAUGAUGUUUGGUAUCAAUAUAAAUAACCCAACAAACAAGCAGCAUUAUACAGUAACUAUUGGUGUGUUUGCCCUGAUACUUUCGAUUGGGGCAACAUUAACUUCACUUGGUAAAGUGUUUGAUGUUAUUGGUGGAUUCUCAACUACUAUUUUGGGCUUUCUGUUGCCUGGUUGUGCAUACUUGUACCUGUUUUCAUCCGAUCUGAUGUUUACAAAAGGAGAGGGGUCUUGGAAACUAUUAGUUAUAUCCGUCAUAUCUAUUCUGAUUGCACUUCCUGUCAUGUAUUUCUCUGUCAAGGAUGCAUUUUUCGUAUAGUUUUGUUAGUGAAUUAUGCAUGGUCAUGUACUCGUAAAAAGUCACAUAUGAAAAUAAAAUAAAACUGGCGGCAGAGAAAAAUGACGUACAAAAAGCCUGUUCA